AUGCCUCAAAGGAGUAUUCAAGUUUGUGAAAUCUUUGAUGUUUGGGGUGUGGAUUUCAUGGGACCAUUUCUUUCAUCCAAAGGCAAUAAAUACAUACUUGUGGUGGUGGAUUAUGUGUCAAAAUGGGCAGAAGCAUUUGGAGUGCCAAAAGCUUUAAUUAGUGAUAGAGGAACCCACUUUGCUAAUGAUCAACUAGCGAAAGUGUUGCAAAAAUAUGGUGUACGCCAUAGAUUUUCAACACCAUAUCAUCCACAAACAAAUGUGCAAACUGAAAUUACAAGUCGGGCACUUAAAACGAUUUUUGAGAGAUCGGUGGGUAGCAAUAGAAAGGAUUGGGCGGAUAAACUGGAUGAUGCACUUUGGGCCUUCCGAACUACAUUCAAGACACCUGUUGGAACCAAACCCUAUAGGCUACAAUAUGGUAAGAAUUGUCAUUUACCCGUGAAGCUUGAACAUAAAUCCUAUUGGGCUUUAAAAACAUGCAAUUUUGAGCCAAACGAGUUGCGUGCAAAUCGACUAUUGCAAAUGAAUGCUUUGGAGGAACUGAGGAAUGAGUCUUACACUAACUCAUUGAUUUAUAAAGACAGGACUAAAAGAUGGCAUGAUGCAAGGUUGAAGGGCAAUAGGGAGUUUGAAGAAGGGCAAAAAGUUCUUUUGUAA